AGUUCGGCCAGCCUAGCUGGAUCAUGUCAGAGGACUUCAUGAUUCUUCACCAGUGGUGUCUAUGCUAUGUUUGAGCUAUGCUACCCACUUUUAUGCAAUGAACCCAGCUGGGAUAAGGAUGAAAAUCUCAAACCACACAUACUAUUAUGGGAAACAUAGCCCCGUCUAGGCCGAAUUGGCCAUCCAUCGGAUAAGGUCUCAAGCCUUCCACCGGGCGGAAUGAAAUCAACCAUUGGCGAUACGGAGACCACGUGGAAGAAGUACCACCUAUGACUCUAGCUGGUCUGAAGGCUCUUGGACCCGGGACAUGCAUAUACGCCAGAUCUGUCCCGUGCUCUAGCAGCAGCUGGACCAAUUCGUUACUGUUCUGUUUGGAUGCCCACGUCAUCGCCGUGUUCCCGCAUCUAUCUUGGGAAUUGAUAUCCAGAUCCCUUCGGGCUAGAAGCUGUCGCACAAUUCCUUCAUGUCUACUAGUACCGCCGCUUGGACCGGGUCUGGCUGUCGGCGAAAACGUGUGGGUGUAUGGAUCGCUGGUGAACUGGUGUCCCGCCUUGAGGAAUACCACCAUAUCCUGGCGACCCUGCUGUGCCAAAUGGGAUAGCAAAGAGACAGUGGGUCAGAGCUCCGUUGCCACCUGGAGGCGAGGGGAACCCGCCCACAUCAACGCGGUUCUAUCAGCCAGCCAGUCCUGCGAAUGGGGCUUGCGCCAUGGCCAAGAAGCAGCCUGCCAGCCUCCACGUGGCCAAUUUCCGUUGCGUGCGAGCGCGAUUCGGUUCGCUAUAGUCUGAAGAUUAGCCAACGCUCCCAUAUCUAGCAAGAGCUCUAUCCAGCAAGAUCUCUAUCCAGCAAGAGCUCCGCGACCGGAACAUGACCGUGAAUAGCGGCCCAAGCUAGUAGCGGAAGCUUGAACUGCUGCGAGUCGC